AAUUCGUCGAUCGACUCCAUUUUGAAAAAAGAGAAACAUCGAUAGGGGCGUGGAGCGAGUGUGCUGGAAAAAGCGUCCACGGUUUGAUAAAAAACAGGAGAAAUCGAGUUUAUUAACUUGAAUUGUUUUAGUGUGCGAGGAGUCGGUGUGAAUACGAGCUAUUUUUCUGUCGAUAAAAUGGGAAACUGUCAUACCGUUGGACCAAACGAAGCCCUUGUAGUUUCAGGUGGCUGCUGUGGCUCAGAUAAUAAGACGUAUGUCGUUGGAGGCUGGGCAUGGGCCUGGUGGCUCAUAUCUGACAUCCAGAGGAUAACGCUUGAGAUUAUGACCCUGCAGCCCAAGUGUGAGGAUGUAGAGACAGCGGAGGGUGUAGCUAUUACUGUCACUGGGGUGGCUCAGGUGAAGGUGAUGACAGAGAACGAACUGCUGGGUUAUGCCUGCGAACAGUUCCUGGGGAAGUCAGUCGUGGAGAUCAAAAGUGUCAUCCUGCAGACCCUUGAGGGUCACCUGCGCGCCAUCCUGGGUACCCUAACUGUUGAGCAGAUUUACCAAGACAGAGACAGAUUUGCCACCCUGGUGCGAGAGGUGGCAUCACCUGAUGUCGGUCGUAUGGGCAUCGAGAUCCUCAGCUUCACCAUCAAGGAUGUGUAUGAUAAAGUGGAGUACCUGAGCUCCCUGGGUAAAUCUCAGACAGCUGCAGUACAGAGGGAUGCAGACAUCGGGGUGGCAGAGGCUGAGAGAGACGCUGGCAUCAGGGAAGCUGAGUGCAAGAAGGAGAUGAUGGAUGUUAAGUUCUUAGCUGACACAAAAAUGGCCGACUCCAAAAGAGAGCUGGAAAUGCAGAAAGCUUCCUUUAACCAGGAAGUGAACACAAAGAAAGCAGAGGCUCAGCUGGCAUAUGAGCUGCAGGCAGCCAAAGAGCAGCAGAAGAUACGUUUGGAGGAGAUAGAGAUCGAGGUGGUGCAAAGAAAGAAGCUGAUCACGAUUGAGGAGAAGGAGAUCGACAGAACUGAGAAGGAACUCAUCGGCACUGUAAAGAGACCUGCUGAGGCUGAAGCCUACAGGAUGCAGACGAUUGCAGAGGGACAUAAGAUAAAGAAGGUGCUCACGGCUCAGGCUGAGGCUGAGAAGAUCCGCUGCAUCGGGGAGGCCGAGGCCGCCUCCAUUGAAGCGAUUGGAAAAGCAGAGGCUGAGAAGAUGAGGUUGAAAGCUGAGGCUUAUCUGCAGUAUGGAGAUGCUGCUAAAACUGCUCUGGUCCUGGAGGCUCUGCCCAAGAUUGCCAGUAAAGUGGCUGCACCUCUUGCUAGGACCAAAGAGAUUGUCAUCCUGAGUGGAGAGGGCAGCCGUGUGACCGGAGAGGUGAACCGUUUAUUAGCUGAACUCCCUGUCUCCGUCAACGCCCUCACUGGAGUGGAUCUCUCUAAGAUCCCUUUGCUGCAGCAGAUGAUCAGCCAACAGUGCUAAUCAGCCAUCUGAUGAAUCAGGCCAGAGACUAAUUCCUCUGAAUCCUUCAACAUAUAUCUGCCUCAAGCAUGAUAACAGAUUUUCAAGUCUUUGACCCCCUUAUGCAACUGCCUUUGACCAGAACUUCUUGACACCAACCAAGACAGUUUGUGCGUUUUCGAUUUUCUGAAGGAAAUUAAGCUGGGGCCUUACUUCUAAAGGACCAGACCGGUCGGUUCUCCUGUUGUUUUUAAGUUCCUGUUUUUUAACACAGAUUUUUUUUUCACACUGCACUAGUUAGCCAGGAUUAUAUGCUGCAGUUCUGUUCAGUACUACCAGUCAUCCAAAGUAGAGUCGGUCCUUUUUAAUCUGGUAGCAUUCAAUGUCAUUUACAGUAGGUGCUGUAAAGAGUCUAAACUUAAGUCCACAGAGGCCAAACACCAACUGUAACACCUGUCAACAUGUUGACGUUCACACCCAAUGAGUACGUAGUAGUUUUAACUGUAUUGUUAGAUGAUUAAGUACAUCAACAUCUGCCAAAGUGCUCAGAUCCACCUCUGAAGUAGUUCUUGCAACAAUACUCCAGGGCCGCAGUUUGCCAUUAUGGAUAUUUGACUCCACUCCUGAUUUCUCUCUCUAGUUAGUUUUUUUCACCUUCCUCGUCAGUUAUGACAAUUUGGUUGUGUGCUCCAGAGUCUUCAUCAUACUGUGAUUCAUCUGAUGCUCAGUUGGUGAAGUUGUUUGCAGUUGACUGAGCACCGUGUGGAAUCUGAACCUUAUACUUUUAAAACAGUUUCCUAUAGUUUUAUAGUUUACCUCUAACUCAGAGUGUUGGAUAACCAAACCGCUGUUACAUACAAAUUUAUAGUAGAUCAGACUAUCAGAUUUAUUUGUAAGAUAAUCCUGACCUCGUGGUAUAUCGUCAUGUUUCCCGUCUUCUCGUUCUGAUGUGCAGUGCCUGUUCAUCACUCAAGUGCCCAAACCUUAAGGACAGUGGUUUGGCUUUAGUUGGAUUUUUUGUCCAAGUGUAUCCACUGUGUCAUACAGAUAGGAGAUGUUUAAGUGUCGCUCACAGUUCUCAUAACAUCUGCUUAUACUAACAAGUGUUCACUUUUCACCUUUGUCGUGUUUGGACACAAAGGCAGAUUUAGACGCUAACACAAAGCCAUACUUAAAAAAAAGAUUAGCCUUAAUGGAGACCCUGGAUGCCUGCCAGGCUUACUGAACAUUUCCCUUUUACCUCGAGUAGCACAUGGUGGAUGCAGGGUCUUUGCUUUAACUCAUUUGUUACUCCUCUCUCCUCCACCCGAAAUUAACCGUCAGUCCUACUCACCUGUGGUUGUGUGUUUCUCAGAUGUCAUUUGAAAUUUUAGAGAUUGUGUGCAUAUUUUGUAGCUAUGAAGAGAAAUGCCCACACUAAAAUGUUCUAUGGCAGAACAGUGAUAGUGACCUCUGACCCCUGCGACCACAUCCCAUGUGUGACAUGAAAGCAGCUGGAGUCAGUGAGAAGAUGAAAGAGGAAGCAUGUGAUCAGUUGGUAAACACUGUACAUAGUGUUUGUUUGAGUGGUCUAGCAUAGAUGGACGAAUUGAGCAAAGGGACAUUAGAGCAACACUGACUUCAUUGUGUAAAUUAAGGUGAAGACUGAACUUUUUAUUUGGUGAGGUCAUUAAAUCAGCCUCGAUAUUAAAAUAAGGUUUUAAUGUUUUGACUUAUCAAUUUAAAGUUUCUCAAAAUCUGAUUAAAGUAGGAUGACAGCAAUUUUUUUGUGUCAUGAAUCCUGAUAGUUUGAGAUGCGGGAUGACAGCGUUAACCCGUUAACCCAUUUAACCCAUUUUAACUGAAUGAGCCUUUUGUUGUUGCCUGUUACAUACCUAAACUUCUUUUUUUUUCUUGUUUUGCCGCUCUAUCUAACCCAUGAUCACAGUUGGGUACUGCCACCCCCUUUUUUUUAUUUUGCACUUUGUUUCUGUUAAAUCACAUUGUGAAUGUCCAUUAACCACUUGUUAGAGUCUGUGACCUGUAAAUAUUUUGUUUCAGUGACCAUUAUAAAGUUAUUACCAUAAUCACAUCAUUCUCUUAUUUCCCUGAAAUAAACACACAACUUGUGGGUUCUCUGGUCUGCGCAAAUUUCAUCUCCUUGUUGAAGUUGAAACUAAUUUUCUAACGUGGUUUCUGCUGCAUCUAUUUUCUAUGCUCUAAAUGUUAGUGAAAACAUUGCCUGGCUUUUUGAAAACUAAUGAUAUUAAUCACCAAGUUUCUUCAGCAUAACAAGAAACAGCCAGUAUUUUUCAAAGAUGUGAUUAUUAGAAAAGCUAAUAUCAGUCAUUAAUCACUGUAACCUGACACUGCCCGGGUUCCUUUCCACUCUGUGAUGGUUUGCCGCAGUCUACAGUGUGUCACUUCACUGGUGCGGCUGUGGUUGAGAGAGACUCACCCCAAUGCCACUUUACAGUCAGCUGCACUGUAGAUGAUUGACAGAUCUCCUUCUCGAUCCGACACCAACAUGAAACCUUCACACACCCGGUUGAAUGGCAGCACCGCUUUCUAGUAGCUCACUACAGUGGCUCGUCCGGAAUAAAAAACCUCAAUGUUAUAUCUUGCAAUGUUACUCGAGAGAAGCAGAUACACAGUGCCUUUGUUGAAUAGUAUCACUGAUACUUUAAUGUGCAGUUUGUUAACUAUCAAUCAGACAUUGGGGAUGUUCUAUCAGGAAUUUACUGCAGGACAUUGACUUACUUGUAGAAUAUGUGAAAUUUAUACAUAUAUAGUUUUCAACUGUGAGUUUUUCUCUUCUAUUUUUCUUUUCUUUAACAUUCAGUACAAGGGAACAUACACUCAGUACAUAUGCAUAUAUACAUAUAUAUAUAUAGUUAUAUGAUAAAUAUAAAUGUAGCAGAAAGUAGCUUUUGACAGCAGUCCCUGUACAACCUGUACAUGUUGAACGAUGACUUCUCGUUCAUGAUGCCUUUCUAUUGUGUUCCGUUAAAAUCCACUCUUUUUCAUCUGCAUUGUCUAAUCAGGAUCAUGGCAACUUCCUGUUUCUCCAAGUUGCAUUUGAGAAGCGAAUGUGUGGUAAAGACCAAAAGUUGCAGAUCUCUACCACAACUCUUUUCUGCAUCUUUCCUGCUUUUUAUCUUAAAAAUAAUAUGUAGUCUCCAUUAAAACUAUACUGUGUUUUUCUCUUGUAAAACUGACCCAGCAUGGCUUGUGUUCAUGUUUUUCUGUGUUGUGUGUAGCCCCGCAAUAAAAAGCUAUACCACCUGC